AUCUAUUACAUUUAUUGAGUAUUAUUCAGACUAUUCUGCUUACUUUCUAUAAGUUCAGGUCAAAUGGCUUCUGUCGGUGCAGAGCAGCAAUCUGUGUCAUUCACAUCAAACGAUGAUUCAUCGUUUGAUAACAUCACGAAGCUUGAGAAUGAAAUGGAGCUAGAUACAUCUCCAGUUUCAACGGUACAUCGUUCAAAACGACCGAAAUUAAAACAAAAACAGCCCAAGAACAAAGCUAAAGAUUCCUCCGUGCGUUUUGAUGAUCCUCCGUCUGGUUUAUCGAGUGAUUCCAACAUAAACUUGGAAAUUAACGCAGAUGACAUAAUUUCUACACAAAUAGGCAAUCAAGCAAAUGAUUCCUCAGUAUCAGUUACCUACCGCAGUUUUCUUUCCUUGAUCCUUCAUCAAAACAGUCUUGGAGCGGCCUAUUAUGACACAGAAAAUUGUGUUCUAAAUGUCUUCAAGGAAAUUUCCGAGACAAAUUCAUUUUCCAAUUGUCUAAACAUAUGUUUACAGUGCUAUCCUGACAAGAUAAUAGUUAGCACUAAGCAAAAAUCGACUCUUAUUGAUGCGAUCAACUCACAAUACUUUAAUGACGGUGAGAGUGGAAUUGAAGUUGUUUCCCACUCCUUGUUUGCGUACGAAAUGGCUAAACGGCGACUUCAGAGUCUUCAACUUAGUUCUCAGCAAUCAUCAGAGUUGACAGACGAACAAAGAGAUGUAUGGGCUAGCUCAGUCCUUGAUUUUGGUGAUACAAACAGUAUUAAAGCUGCAGGGGCCUUACUGCGUUACAUUGAUCAAAAUAGAAUUGGAAUAGAGCUAGAAGAAAGCUUCAUUCAGGCACCAAUUCUAGCUGUUGCUCAAGUCUCUGUUCCAUUAACACUCUUCCUAGACAAUGACACGUUUCUUGCAUUGCAGAUAUUUCAAGAUGAAAGCCAUCCCUCAAGUGCUAAAAGAGGUUCAAAUAGCUCUGGCAAAGAGGGUCUGAGUUUAUUUGGUCAGAUGGACCGAACAAAGUCGAGGCUUGGAUCUUUGAAACUCAAGCAUUGGUUCAAAACUCCCUCAAAGGAUAUCAAUAUUAUUCUCCAGCGACAGGAGGCCAUUGGUUAUUUCUCUCUCAAUGAGAACCUUGAUAAGGUCAUCGCUCUAAACGACUGCCUAAAAAAUAUCAAGAAUCAAACACAUAUCAUCGCUAAAAUGACAAGUUCUCACAUUUCGGUCCAUGAUUGGCACACCCUGUACAAAACUCUGUAUAAUUCUAUUUGUUUGCUUGAUCUGUGCAACUCUCUGGAAAACGGUAUUGAAACUGUUGAAUUGAUCCAAAAGGCUGACUUUUCCAAUCUGCGAGAGAUCCUAGCUAUGAUCAACAAGAUAAUGGAUUUCGAGGAGUCAAAAUUAAAGAACAGAUUUGUCGUAAAGCAUGGGAUUGACAGAGAUUUAGAUGAAAAGAAACGGGUGUUCAAUGGCUUGCCAGAACUUAUGACUAAGGUAGCUGAACAAGAACUAUCACAACUUGAUGACAGAGUUCUGGAGUGUAAUGUUAUAUAUCUACCACAGCUGGGGUACUUGCUAGCAAUUCCUCACUACCCAUUCAUCAAGGAAGAUGACGGUUACAUACUCCGAAAUCUUGACUUCAUGUUUUUGAGCAACGGAACUUUGUACUAUAAAAGUGAGCACACUAAGGAGCUGGAUAGACUUCUUGGUGACACUCAAAGCGAAAUAUGUGAUCAUGAGUCUGGUAUCAUGCAUAGGCUUCAAAACACUAUUUUACAGUAUGUGAAGCUUAUAUUGAAAGCUCUUGAUUUUUCGGCAGAGUUAGAUUGUAUCAUAUCCAUUGCUUCUUUCGCCAAAGACAACAAUUUGGUAUUUCCGAAAAUGACGGCAAACAAGAAAAUUAAUAUACAUGGCGGCAGACACAUUUUGCAUGAAAUGUGCUCUCAUCAAUUUGUUUGUAACAAUUCUCUCUUUAAUCCAAAUGAUGGUUACAUGAAAGUAAUAUCCGGACCAAAUGCUUGUGGCAAAAGUGUUUACCUCAAACAGACUGCUCUUAUAGUCUACAUGGCACAUCUGGGAGCUCCAGUUCCUGCCGAGCAAGCUGAAGUUUGUGUCUGUGAUUCAAUUUUCACCCGGAUAAAAUGCAUCGAAUCUGUUUCAAUCAACUUAUCAACCUUCGUUCUUGAUCUAAACCAACUAACCAAAGCUGUAAACCGUGCUACCGGUAGAUCAUUGAUAGCUAUUGAUGAAUUUGGAAAAGGAACAUCUCAACAUGAUGGAGUUGCUUUGUAUGCGGCAGUUUUAAAACAUUGGCUUUCUCAAGCUGAGGACUGCCCGUUUAUUCUUGCAGCCACACAUUAUCAUUCUAUAUUCAAACUAAAACUUCUUCCACCAUCACCUCUGGUUAAGUUCAAGACUUUUGAUGUAAUUUCAGACAGCAAUGGUAUUGUUUAUCUUUAUAAACUUAUUGAUGGAUACUGCCUUCGUUCACAGGCAAAUCAUGUGGCUAAACUGGCAGGUCUUGAUGAUACUAUCCUUGAGCGUGCUGGGGAAGUUUUAGAGCUCACAUCCCAACAACAGCAUAUAACAUCACUGUGGAAAUGUGACAGCAAUCAUAUAAGAAUUGUUAAAAUGUUUAUGUCGUCUAAUUUUGAAGACUCUUCAAGUUUUGAAACUUUUCUUCGUGAAAUAAAUAAAUUGUCUAGCAUUGAUUAGAGAUCCAAUUAAGAUUGAUGCAUUAUUUAUAACGUAAAUUUUUCACUGAAACUUAAUAAUCGAUUUAUUUUUUGUUGAUUAAAUUUGUUAAGUUAUUUAAGUCAGUUUUGAUGCUUUUGUUAUUGGAAUGCAUAACUUUAUUACUGGAUUCCAGGA